GUUCAUCAACCGAGGCAGCGCGCUCACGAUGCCCUGCAACUGAUUCAGCAUUUUGACGAGUUCCUCUCCGAUCAACCUUUAAACUCUAUGAUUUUUACCGACCCGGACAAGCUGUUGGAAUCGGCAGAUCUCGUGCAAAAGCUGUAUUCAAUAUCACAAGAACUGUCCAAAGAAAAGUUUGCCACUGUUCAGGCAAGAAUAGCUCAUAGAUAUGAAGAAGUGGAAAGGUUGCUCAUUGAUGAAUUUGGCCGAGCUCAACGAGACGAAAAGAAAAUGGCUGAGGUAGCGAAAAUCCUUAGCGAGUUUAAGGGAUAUUCCCACUGCGUUUCACGGUACGUGGAGUUUAUCCUAUCGUUGUUCCGAAGUGGUAGCGAUGACGUCUACACUGAAGCUUUACAACUAAUACUAAGUCUAUAUACGGGUCGAUUGAAAGAUCACAUCUAUGCAAAGCUUAGAGAUUGUAAAGAUAGCGAAGAUCGCGAAGGUUACUUGAUAGGAUUGGCACAUGCAUAUACCAGAUGUAUUUUUGUCGCUUUUGAACCAAGAGUCUUGAAAUUGUUUUUUGCUCCUUUUUUCGAGUUGCGUUUUUUUUCAUUCACCGAUUUAAGCAUUCUUCGCCUCAACAAAGAUCUAGACGCUUUACAUGUAAGCUCCGAUGCGUCUUUCCUUCCCACUCUUACACGAUCCAUAUUUGAUAGGUAUCUCUCGUCUUAUCCAAAUGAAGAAUUGGAAUACCUUCAUGCUCAGUGUAGCAGCAUACUACAUCGCUUUUAUGAGUCGAAGAGACAUGUCAAGAAGCAGAUCCACAGCGGAGGGUUGCAAGAACUGAAAAGAGACGUUCAAGCUCGUCUUUUGACUGUGGAGACAUAUGGUGGUGAGACGUUCCUAUCCGAGGAUGUCGCUAUAAGUAUACUACAAGAGACGAAAAAUGCUUUCAAUAGAGCUUCGCAGGUUUCGAUGGAUCUUUAUUUUUCUUAUUUGGUAUUUGUUGGAAUAUUUCUCCACAUUAUUCUUCUUUGA